AUACAGCUGCCGAGCCGCUCCCUUGUGACGGUGCCUCGCCUUGUCUCCGCUGCGCAGGGACUCCUCUCUCCAGCGGAUCAGUGCGCACAGGUAACAAACUACCGGAAAUAAGGGAACGAGGUGCGGAUCAGGUGAAGGAGAGAGAGAGGGAGAGAAGAGAGAGAAGAGAGAGAGAGAGAUAAAGUAGAAGAACAGAAGAAGAGAAGCGGCAGAGGACACGAAACAUCUUCAGGGAGGAAAACAAAGACAUUUUUGUAUUUCUAUUUUUUUAGGCUUUUAUUGUCUCGCGCCCGGAGGACGUGCUUGAGCGCAGGCGGCGGGAGGACGCGGUGCGUGACUCACCAGGAGUCGCUCGAUCAACCGGAUCCAGAAAGUGAGGGCCGGCCUCUUCACAAGCCUCUGGCUCGGCUCCGGAGGAUAAGAGCGCUGAAGGACGGAGGCAGUCGCUCGAGGUGGAGCUCUUGACUUUUGGCUCUUACUCGUGUGGUGAACUGACAUACUGAAGAAGCCACUCCAGCGCCUCGGACUUCAAACUGGAUCCCUCCGGUCUUCACCAGUCCAGCGGAUGGCAUGCCGAUCCCCAGCCCAGCUGAGAGGGCGAGUCUGAAUGGCGCCCUAGUCCUUCGCCACCGCUCACCAUCUAGAUCGCUGCCCUCGCUCUCCCCCGCCCCAGCUCCUCUCUGAUCGCCCCCCCCCCCCCCCCCCCCCAUCCCACGUCUCAACAUGGAUACGCUGACCGAGGACAAAGAGGGAUGCUACCUGAACCGCUCCGUCAAGUUCUUCUACGAGGAGAGCGGCAAGAACAUCAGCGCACACUGGCGCGACCGUGACUAUUUGAUCGUCUCUAUGGGAAUGGCCGUCUGCUUCAUCGUGAUCUUUUCCAACCUUCUGGUCAUUGGGGCCAUUCUAAAAAACAACCGCUUUCACUUUCCCAUCUACUACCUGUUGGGAAAUCUGGCUUUGUCAGACCUCUUCUCAGGUGUCUCCUACCUCCACCUGAUGUUCCACACUGGUCCCUGGACCAUCAAACUGUCCAAGAACCAGUGGUUUGUGCGACAGGGGCUGAUCGACACCAGUCUGACGGCCUCGGUCCUCAACCUGCUGGCCGUGGCCGUGGAGCGUCACCAGACCAUCUUCAACAUGCAGCUGCACAGCAAGAUGAGCAAGCGGCGGGUCUUCAUCAUCAUGGUGUGCAUAUGGCUGGUGGCCAUCGUCAUGGGCCUGGUGCCCACCAUGGGCUGGCACUGCCUCUGCGACCUGCCCAACUGCUCCACCAUGGCGCCGCUGUACAGCCGCAGCUACCUGGUGUUCUGGGGCGUCCUCAACCUCCUGACCUUCUCCAUCAUGGUGGCCGUCUACACCCGCAUCUUUCUCUACGUCAGGCACAAGAGCAAGCAGAUGUCCCAGCACACGUCCCAGAUGAGACACCGAGAGACGGUGUUCAACCUGAUGAAGACCGUGUCCAUGAUCCUGGGCUGUUUUGUGAUGUGCUGGACGCCCGGCCUGGUGGUGCUGCUGCUCGACGGCGUGGGCUGCGAGAGUUGUAACGUGCUGGGCUUCGAGAAGUACUUCCUGGUGCUGGCCGAGUGCAACUCCUUCGUCAACCCCAUCAUCUACUGCUUCAGGGACAACGAGAUGCGGAGGACCUUCAAGCAGAUCCUGUGCUUCCCGUGUCGGCGUGGCAGGAACCCCCAGGACGCCUCUGGGACUCACUUUAACACCCUGGACCACGAGACCUACAAGUCUCGUUCUGAGAUGCCGACACAGAAGGGCAACGGGACGCGUCUCCUCCACCACGGCCCGGAAGACGCACCUACCUCCUCGGGUAAUGGUAACUGGAGUUAAAACUUAAACAACGGUGAACUUUCAACAGACAGAGAGAGAGAGAGAGAGAGAGAGAGAGGACGUGUACCAGCAAAUCUGCCGAUCUGUGUGCGCUCACAUAAACAAACCUCCCAGUCUGUUCCUCCUCAGGCGACAGGCUGUUUAUUCUGUGUGUUGAAUCUCUACGUCUGCUGCCGGCGGAGAAUUUGUUUGGAUAAUGUCUUUGUUAGAGAAAGACAAAAGAAAACUGAUCAGCUUUCUAAUAUCAGGGGCUCCUUCCUGCUCCCGUUGCUGAAGCUUUUACACAACAUGGCGGGGGGGGGGGGACUGACAUUUCCUGUUUGGACGUAAACAACCUGCCAGGUCCCCCCCCCCCCCCCACACAAACCCUGACAGGACGGUGGUGGAAGGCGACACUAACAUCCGCUGAACAACUGGAACAUGUCGGCACAGAUGGAACGUCUCCCAGUAGAAGAAUGUGGAGUUACAAGGCCGGCUGCAGGCGGCGUCAUGUUUAAUGUCAGUUACCAGUUUAUUAGGUACACCUGACUAGAACCACUGCAGGCCCGUCGCAGCGCUGGCGACCCCUAGUGGUCGGAGACGUUUCGUUUUUCUGCUGUCCCACCGUCCAAGUCUUGUGUGAACAGGAUAUUUCAAGACCGCCUUGAGGGAGUUUCUUCACAUUUGGUACAAACGUUCAUUUGGACACGAGGAUGAACUGAUUUAGAUGUUGGUGGUCACAGGUCAAUGUCACUGUGAGCACACAAAACCAUUUUUCUUUUUGCCUUGUGAACACAGUAUCGUAAUAAAGCCUUGAGAGAAUCUUGUAAAAUUGUCCUCAAACGUUCACUUUGACUCACAGAGUAACUGAUUAGAUUUGGAUGCUCAAAGGUCAAAGGUCAAGGUCUCACCACACAUGUUUUUUGCGUGGGGAUUUUCUUCAUAUGUUCACCAGCUGUCACUUGGACUCGAAGGUGAACUGAUCCGAUUUCAGUGGUGAAAGGUUUCAGUGACCUCAUGUUGUGAAUGUGACGUGACAUUGAACACCCGGAGCUGCACUGGUUGGCAGAGACAUAACCAAUCAUUUUACUGGUAAAUAUUUAAAGGUAAUGUGGAUUCAUCGUAAUCAUAAUUUUGGAGGCUGUAGUUUGUGGUGCUGCGAUGCACAGGGAGGUGUUUUCCAGUUAUCCUGCCCUCGUUGUUUUAAAUACAGCGAAUCUAUAAUCUAUUCAAGCUAUAAAUGAUAGAAAUCCCACUGCAGUAUAAGCCAAUAAAUUAACUUCAGUCUCCAGAGCGAUUACACGGUUAUAAAGUUAAUAUAAACUAAAUUCUUCUUACUUCUUGCAGGAGGGUUUAACUGUUGGUUUCGCUUAUAAACCGAAACCAGUGUGUAUAAAUUCAGUGGAGAUCAGGUUUCAUGUGCACAAAGUCUCUGAGGCUCAUAGAAGAGAUGCUCUAUAUACACAGUACUUUUAUGAAGGGGAUUUUAUAAAGGGAGUUAACGGACGUAUUUGUUAAUGGUUGAUUGAAUCCUUGACGUCACUGAUUACUCAUAGUCUCAUAGAACAUGUGGGUUGCCAGGUUGUGUAGCUUGCUCAGUGGUUUCAACCAAACCUACAUUCAAGCAGGAAAAACCCGUCUUAACGAGUUCUGCUUCGUCCAAAUUUUAUUUUAUUUGUUCUACGAAACUAAACUCAUCAGUAGUGGCACUAAUGUCAUUACGUAAACAUUAUUCAGUUUCAUUGUUAAAACCGUUAAAUUGAAGACCUCUAAAACUAAAAGUUAGAGGAAAAAAACUUAUAAAGAUGAAAAUGUAAAGUCUGGAAACCAAACAUAUUCAUAUUAAUGUUUUAUAAGAAAUCUAAAAAGCACCAUAUCAUGAUUUGUCUUGUAAAGUUUAAACUUAUCUUUUUCAGAAAGUGGUUCCUAGAGCCCACUGAUCAUUUCUUCUCUAACAAAUAUGAUAAAUCUUCUCAGUCUUAUGAUUCUGGCUUAAUUGUAAUUUAAGAGUUUGGCACUUAUGUUGGUUUUACAUCUCCUGAUGUUAUUAUCAAGGAUUUAUUUUUUUAUUUCAUAUAUUAUAUCAGAUGAGAUUGUGUUUGUGCCAUUUAUACACAAUGUGUUUUAUAAACUGUUCCAUCCUCACAUUUUUAUUGUUGUGUUUUUGCUCUGUCCUGUAAAUCGUCUCUGAGCUGGAAAGACACAAUACGCCUUUGUUAAAUGUUUGUGAUGUAAAACUGUAUUUAUGCUCAUUUGGUGGAUAUUUCCUGCACUUAAACAGAUUCAUAUUUUUUAUUUUUCAUCAUUUACCAGCUACAAUCAUUUCCUUUUUGUAUAACGUACGACUGAGCAAACGGCAGCGAUGUGACGCUUCACGUUAAAAUGUGCUGCAGCUGAUUAAUGUCACGUAAACUGACUUCCUGUGUCUUGUUCAUGGACUGAUUCUAAAGAUGGACGACGCCUCUGCACGUCCUCGCUGUUGUAGAAACAUGAAGCCAAAAUAUCCCGAUUGCCAAAACACAUCUGUUAAUCACAAUGUUUAAUCCUGUUUAUUAUAAAAUGGUCAACUAACAUGGAGGAGAAAGGGUUUGUGACGAAUACUGCAACCGGCCACAAGGGGGCGAUCAAGAUUCCCUUUUGAGGAUCCAUCAUGUCGUCCGUCUUUGUUUUCAGUCUGUGGUCUCAAGCUCCACCGAGACGUCAUUAAAAAACCUUGAAUGUC